AUGCCUCCAGGGGAACGGGAGAAUGACACGACCCUCAAGAAUAAUACAAAAUCCCGUAAAGUGAAAUAUUAUCCCCCUCUGGAUUACCUCCCUACUCUAUUUGGAGUCCCAUUCACCAUUAAAAACGACACUACACAACAGGGACAUGAACUGGAAUCCUCUGCCACCCAUACAAACCUGGGAAACAACUACCAUUGCUCAUCAUCUUAUUCAUCGUCUGGCUAUUGGUACGAGGAAGUCGAGCAUAAUGGCCAAUCCUCGUUCUUGAGCUCUGAUUAUAAAGACAAAUAUGCGGUUUUUCGAAAUGUGGUAACAGAUUUCCAUGCAGAUAAUACUGGCCAGAGAGAUGCCUCGCUGGCUAUACAGAAGGCAAUCCAAGCUGGAUCCACAAACGGACCAGGACGGGGGUCUCACGCUAUGGGAACGACGGGACAACCAGCCAUAGUCUAUUUGCCUGCUGGAACAUACCUUCUGCAAGCUGGAUUGCAGUUCUACGUUGGGACCGUGUUGGUGGGAGAUGCGACAAACCCACCCGUUUUAAAGGCAAUCACCGGAUUCUCGGGGGAUCAUAUUAUUUACGCCAAGGACCCAAACUACGUCGGGACAAUUAACUUCCAAAUAGGCGUCAAAAAUAUCGUGUUAGACUCUACUGCUCUGGACCCGUCCCUGCAUAUGACCCUCCUCGACUGGACGGUUAGCCAGGCAACGCAACUGUCAAAUGUUGGGUUCAACAUGCCAAUGGGAGUGUCGAAUCAUGCCGGUCUAAGUACUCAGUACGAUUAUAACAGCAAUCUCAUGAUAAAUGAUUUGUGGUUCAGGGGCGGUGCCGUUGGAAUGAGGCUGAGUGGACAGCAGUGGGCGUUUCGAAAUCUCAGAUUCACAGGAACUGCUACUGGGGUUAUUGCAGGCGGAACAGACAUUGUCUUCGUGGAUUGCCACUUCGAGGAAGGUGACAUUGGAAUAGAUGCGAGUGGUACAUCAGGCUCAUUGACAGUAAUUGACUCUACGGGUCGGGGUCUUCACUCACUCAUUGAAUCUGUUGAUUCAGGAAAUGCAGGGAAUGCGAUUAUACUAGAGAACAUCCAAAAUACUGGUGAUACAGUAGUUCUCGCGGGAGAAGCUAUUCUCAGGGGAGCUGUAUCGAAUACUUGGGUGCAUGGAACUAUGGUAAACGUCACCUCAUUUGAUUCGCAGACCGAGAACUAA